AGUAUAUAACUACAAUUAUAUAUAGUUUUUUUAAAGAAAAUUGGGAGCUUCAUUCAAAUGUUUCAUCUUUCUCCCUUUGAGCCCGGUUCUGCUUGGCUGGCUAGCCAACUUGGUGCAAAAAGGUUUACCAAAGUUGAGACGGCUUCGCGUGAUGGGGGUACCUUUCGCAAGGCUACUCGCGCAGAAGUUUAAAGAUCUAGGAAUACAAAAGAUAGACAUUUCAAGAAAUUCCUUGGAUAAAUAAUUAAGCUUGUAUUUCGUCGAGCUCUGAUGCCAUAACUGGCCAAUCCUCCUCCUGUUGCAUGAGCUUCACAAGUCGCUCACAAUCUGAUUCAAAAUUUACUACUCUGCAUGGAUGGAUAAGUAACUACGAGUUAUUGCGUUACUGAAACAUAUAUAUAUUUAUUAAAAUUUUCCUCUGGCAAAAGAAGAUCGCAUUCGUAAUUUUCACGUCUCCUCUCUAUACAAAGAAAAGAGAGAGUCUCGAAUCUCUUAUGGGGACAUGGAUCAUCAUCAAGAAUCAAAUUCUCUAAAACGACUCUUCCCUCUAUCUUCAUCUCCUUUCUUCUCAACCUUCAAGCUCAAGAAACAUAUUUUCGUGGGGAUCUCUCUUCUCAUCAGUUUCCUAAUAAUCUCCAUUAUAUUCGUCGAUCUUGCCGGCUUCGAGCCUCAUCUCUGUUUUGGCUUCUUAUCUUCAUCAUCGAAAACCAUAACGAAUGAGCAAAGAAACAACAACGGCAAUGUAUGCGACUAUUCGUACGGAAAAUGGGUUCGUAGACGACAACGUGACAUGCACGAAACGUCUUACGGAGAAGAUUGUCGGUUUCUGGAUCCUGGUUUUCGUUGUCUGAAUAACGGAAGAAAAGAUUCUGGUUUCCGACAAUGGCGAUGGAAACCACACGGCUGCGAUCUUCCACGAUUCAACGCAAGAGAUUUUCUGGAGAGGAGUAGGAACGGGAGGAUUGUGUUCGUCGGAGAUUCCAUCGGAAGAAACCAAUGGGAAUCUCUCUUGUGUAUGCUUUCACAAGCCGUGUCUAACAAGUCUGAGAUAUAUGAGGUAAAUGGGAGCCCUAUAAGCAAGCAUAAGGGUUUCCUUUCAAUGCGGUUUCCGGAACAAAACCUAACCGUCGAAUAUCAUAGAACACCGUUUCUGGUCGUGGUUGCUAGGCCACCUGAGAACUCACCGGUAGAUGUCAAGAUGACGGUUAGAGUCGAUGAGUUUAACUGGCAGUCGAAAAGAUGGGUCGGGUCUGAUGUUCUAGUCUUCAACACAGGACAUUGGUGGAACGAAGACAAAACCUUUAAAUCAGGUUGCUAUUUUCAGGAGGGAGGUAAAUUGAACAAGACAAUGGGAGUAAUGGAGGGUUUUGCCAAGUCUUUGAAGACAUGGAAGUCAUGGAUUUUAGAAAAGCUAGAUUCUGAGAGUAGUUAUGUCUUCUUCAGAAGCUUUUCUCCUGUGCAUUACAGGUCUUGUUUCAAAAAUCAGACAAGAAUCUCUAGAAUCUAGGCUUUAUUAAGCUUUAUUGGGUGUUGCAGGAAUGGGACAUGGAACUUGGGUGGUUUGUGUGAUGCAGAUACAGAGCCAGAGAUUGAUAUGACGAAGAUGGAACCUGACCCUAUCCACAACAGUUAUAUCUCUGAAGUAAUACAAGGAAUGAGAUAUGAACAUAGUAAGGUUAAGUUUUUGAAUAUUACAUAUCUGACCGAGUUCAGGAAAGAUGCUCAUCCUUCGCGGUAUCGAGAGCCAGGAACUCCUCAAGAUGCUCCUCAAGAUUGCAGUCACUGGUGCUUACCCGGUGUACCUGACACAUGGAAUGAGAUCCUCUACGCGCAGCUAUUGGCAAUGAAUUACCGAACAAAAUGA